AUGAAGGACGUUUCUAAUUUAGAUGAAGACUUGAAAACGUCAAGGAGCAAGAAGUAUAACAACCCGUCGCUUCAGAAUGAGGUCAAAGACUGGCUUUUACAUGUUAUGGGCUCGAGUAUCAACGAAAAUGAACUCAGGUCCACAGACCUGGUCGAUUUCCUCAAAUCAGGGGAAGUUUUAUCGCAGCUGAUAAACUGUGUUUGGGGACCAAAUACGCUUCCGGUCAAGAAAAGCAAAAUGGCAUUUGUACAAAUGGAGUCAAUUGAGCAAUUUUUAAACUUCAUCAAGUCGGAAGGGGUUCCUCAAGAUGAGUUGUUCCAAACAGUCGAUCUAUAUGAACGCCGAGAUCCAUAUCAAGUAGUGAUGGCCAUACAGUCUCUUUCACGUUUGAUGCAUAAGAGGUUUGGGGAUCGAUAUCCCUUGAUCGGGCCCGCCAUCGCUGCCAAACAUGAGCGCCCAAAGGUUCCGCCAAAACCAAAGAAGUUUUCGGCAAAUAGUGGUGCUGCAUGGAGUACCAUAGAGUACGGUUAUAUGAGUGGAAGCAAUCAGAAGACAGAGAAUAUUGUUUUUGGGGCGAGAAGAGACAUCGUCAAACGUUAA